UAACAGAGAAUAGAGCGUCAAGAGAAAAGUUCAUAAGAUAUAAGUUCAGUCGAAUCCUUUAAACAUUGCAGGCUCGUUUAAAGCUAUUUGAGCUUUUAUUCUGAAAUUGUCAACGUUUAUAUUUUUUACCACGUUUCUGUCAUUUAUUCGAGAUUCUCUGUAAAACAUCCCGGCGCUGAAGUCGACACGACGAACGAAGAAUCUCACUUGGGUCAGUUUGUUCUCUGCAUCGUGUAAUGUUGAAUCUUCAGUCCGAUGUCUUUCAUUAUAUCCACUGCGAUGUUAAACUUAAGUUUGUAUUACGCAAACAUCUAUCUGCUUCUGGUAUUCCGAACACCAUCUGGUGCGCGCGCGUCUGAUCACUCCCUUCAGUGCGUGUGUGAGAGUGUGUGUGCACGCGCGCGGCUCAGAAUCGCGUGCGAAGAGGCCGGCGUGUCAUUCAGUGGAAUCUGCCACCUGAAACACAGUAUAAAAACACACACACACACACACACACACUGGAUCCCGCUGCAUUUGCUCCGCUUCAUGACACAGAACACACAUCAGCCUCUGGCCGUCAAUAUGAUUCCACCUGGAGAUUGUUUGUACGCCGGGAGGAAGCGAAGGAAACCCGUUCAAAAACAGAAACCAUUGGCAGUGACUGAAAAAUCCAAUCCGUCAAAACGGCACCGUGAGCGUCUGAACGCUGAGCUGGACCGCUUGGCCAGUUUGUUGCCCUUCUCUCCUGACAUCAUCUCCAAACUGGACAAACUUUCAGUUCUCCGUCUGAGCGUCAGUUACCUGCGGGUCAAGAGCUUCUUCAUCGCUACAACUGCCCAGGAAACACUUCUGCAGAAACAAACCAGCAGGAAAGAAAAUACCACAACAACAUCACAAUGUGUCCCUGAAAACCAGCUGCUGCUUGAGUCUUUAGCAGGUUUCACGCUGGUUGUGAGCAGUGAUGGGAUGGUGUUUUACACGUCCUCUACAAUAGUGGAUUAUCUCGGCUUCCACCAGACAGAUGUGCUGCAUCAGAACAUCUUUGACUACAUUCACGUGGAUGACAGACCGGAGUUCAGACGACAGCUGCAUUGGUCCAUGAACCCUCCACCGCAAACACCUGAACAGCGUUCCUCCUCUAGCACAGGUGAAGAUGUUGUGGUGAGCAGAUUGUUUCUGUCUGAAGAGAGCGCUGGCAUUCCUCCCGAGUUCUAUUGCUUUUUAAAUCGAUGUUUCAUCCUCAGGGUUCGCUGUUUACUGGACAGCACGUCUGGAUUUCGGACGAUGCAGUUUCAGGGCCGACUGAAGUUUCUUCACGGUCAGAGGAAAAAGACGCCGUCAGGAGGGGUUCUGCCGCCUCAGUUAGCCCUGUUCUGUGUCGCCGUUCCUCUGCUUCUGCCCUCCAUCAAUGAGAUGAAGAUGAAGAGCAAACACAAGAACCCAGCUGUUCUCACGCCGUUAGAUCACACUGACCAUCUCAGACGACAUUCAGUGCCGAGUAACGUAACGGAGCCCAUUGGUCCCGUACGGCCACACGAGUCCUGGACGCCGCUCUCCAAAGACAACCUCAAGUACAGGAGUGAAGUUCAGUACAGUCAGGAUGAGCCCUUGGACUUCUGCAAGUCUGCACCGAGCCAGCAGAAGUUUACAAACCUUGAGGGCACGUGGCCCUUGAGAGGCUCCAAUCACGGGGUCCGUCCGCUGCCCGGAGGCCGGCCGAGCAAACACGGACACUAUGGAAAACCCUAUCGAUCGUCUCCCGGUAACAGGGCUGAUGCGUUCCUUCCACAGAGGUGCUUCAGCGGUGGCUCACAGCGCGGCGAGGCCGAAGAUUACAUCAAGAGUAACAACUUCUGUUACCAAGGUCAAGUCGAGGGCUACGACCCGCUCGUCAUGAGCGAGCUGCCCAUAAAGGUGGAGCAGGACUCCGACACUGAAAACGGCUGCGAAUACUACAUACACCCGUGGGCAGAUCAUGAGCGCAACAUGAACGUCUACGCCGCUACGCAGAUGAAAGCAGAGAGUGGAUACUCAGAGCAGUAUUCACCCUGUCAAAGGUCGAAGGCAAGUCACGGCCACAUGUACAGCAGCCACUGUGCCAGCACUUACGAGGGAACGGCUCGACCUCUCAGGUGCGUCCUGAACAAAGAAGCAGCCGAUUGGAGCCCUCAGAGAAUCAAUGCUCCAGAGUCGCACUGUGGCGCGGCCGACGCUUACCAGGACUACAAACACUACGUGCAGCCUCAAUACAAGACAGACUAUGAGCCUAAAGGGCUUCACUGCAUCAAACAAGAGCGCAUGGAUUCUCCGCCCUGGCACGAGCAGGCGACCGCGCACACCAACUCUGUGAUGAACGCCGGCCAGCAGAAGAUCCAGCCGUAUGUGUUCAUGCAGUGAAACUUUUCUCUCUAGUAAUAUUUCGGAUUUCUGACAGACCCCAAGAAUGUCUUUCAACUUUUACAAAGUUCUCUGAAUGUUUAGACGUGCUCUCCAGGUUUUCUGUAAAGGUUUUGAUUGGGUUUUUGAACUUUGAUCAUGUUUUUUAUGCUUUUUAGCAGUGUCUAACUAUUCAUGAACGUAACACAUGAGCAGGUAAUCGCACAGAUAAAAAUAAACUAACAAAUGCAAAUGAUUAUAUAAAUACAAUUUCACAUUCACCUGAAGUACAAACAUUCACAUUUACGUUUACGACAAAAAGAUUUGUUUGAAGAUUCGGGGUUGUGAUAAUCUGUGUAUGACUUUCAUUUGAUAAACACUUGUUUAAACAGCAUUUGAAGGUGUUAAAACUGAAGGAUUUAUUAUGAGAAUAUGUUUUGUGUAGUUAAAAUUGUUUGCCCAUGUGUGGAAACAAAUGUUCUCAUUUAAUUAUAAUGUAGCCAAAAAGUGAAAACUAUUAUGUUGACUUUUACUAUGCAAACGAAGAUUCCAUCACUCAUAACCUAAUGUCAAUACAUGAGAUAUGUUUAAGCAUAAACAAGGAUGACAAACAUGUCCUUUGUUUUUAAGUAAACUACUGUUUAAAUAACAACAAGUAUGCCAAUAACUUUCACUUCUAGAACAAAUGGAAAUUAAACGCCUUCCGAGACUCAAUGUCAUAUUGACCUUCACAGCAUUCCGUCUCACCUCGUUUGCAGACACAGUUUUUUUAAACAGUUCAACAUUUUGUAUUAUAUAUAUAUAUAUAUAUAUAUAUAUA